ACUAGCAUUGAUGUUAGCAGGAAGGUCGAGCAGUGGCACUGCUGCUUGACAUUGGUAACGUUAGCUAUAUCAACCAUAAUGGGGCACCGCAUGUCAACAACGUGGCUCAAUUGCUAAUGAAAAUGAGAACGUUUCAAGAAGUUAGUACCGCCUGUAUGACAUGGUGAGCCGUGUAAGUUGUCGUGCUAAAUGCUAAAAAGGAAAACUAUAAGCUAGCAGUUCCGCGACAGGAGCUAACUAAGUAAAUCAGCAGCGACACCUGGGUAAAAAUGAGUUCCGCUCCAAAUCACGGUGCCGUUAUCACAGAGACAGUGUCCAGCAAACCCGGUUCUGCCGUGUCAAUAGCCGGACAUGUCCAGCAGGUCUUCAGCCACGUGAAGAUAGAAAACCUGGUCGCAGGACUCAGUGGAGGAGUGGUGUCAACACUGGUGCUUCAUCCUCUGGAUCUGGUCAAAAUCAGGUUUGCAGUAAGUGAUGGAUUGGAUCUUAGACCUAAGUACAGUGGCAUACUGCACUGUAUGAGGAGUGUUUGGCGGCAGGAGGGACUCCGAGGACUCUACCAAGGAGUGACACCCAAUAUUUGGGGUGCUGGAGCAUCUUGGGGCCUCUACUUCUUUUUCUACAAUGCAUUCAAAGGGUACACAAAGGAGGGCCGUCAAACUGAACUGAGUGCCACAGAGCACCUGGCGUGUGCAGCCGAAGCAGGUACAGCAGGAGGGUUACGUAAUGUACCAUGUGAGCCAGUGUCCCUGUUUUUGCCCUUUCCCUGCAGGAACGAGGGCGCCGUUGGUUUCUACAAAGGCAUCGUUCCCAACGUGAUCCGCGUCACCCCCGCCUGCUGCAUCACUUUUGUAGUUUAUGAGAAUUUGUCCCGCUACCUUCUGGGUCAAGAUCAAUGAGGCUCUUAAAGCUACAGUGCGUAGUUUCUGCCGCCGCCGUGAGGAAUUCUACCUAAUGGCGACAAAGCUGUCGCCGCGUCCACGUGACACAAGCCUUCCGUGACCGUGCACCACCCCUCCUCCACGCAGUUGCUAGAAGCCAAGGAGGACACGGAGGAGUAACAAAACAUGAUGGAUUCUUCGGAAGAGGUCAUCUUCAGUCGAGCUUCAGCGCAAG